GACUACAACUUUUCUGACUUAUCAGAAAGGAAAGAGAAAUACUUUUCUGCUCUUUAUAGCAACUGUUUACAUACUAUAAUGAGUUGUCUUUUAUUAUUAGUGUACUCAUAACGAAUAACUAUUAAAACCCUGACGAAAAAUAUGAUAAACAAUCGUAAAACACGUGUUAAAAUAUUUGAAUAUUGUAUUUGUAAUUGAUAAAUUUCAUUGGCCAUGAUCAUUAUCAGUUUUUUUCAUUUACCUCUUUGAAAGCGAGACAUUUUAACACAUUCAGUGGAUUCCAAUGGCAUUCCCUCCUGCAAUGCAAUUGAGAUGAUGAUAAAAUUUUUCCUCGAGAUUCCCUCCUUCCCAUUACUUUCCUAUAACCUUCCAUGAACCCAUGAAAAAUCAUUCAAAAGCUGUUGAUUACUCGAGGGUUUUGACUGAUUCACCUAGUAUGCCAGAAAAACCAGGUAAACCUCCAGUGAGAAAAUGGGAGGUAUUUCCUGGAAGAAACAAGUUUUAUUGUGGUGGACGCAUUAUGAUGGCUCGACAAACUGGUGUCUUUUUGUUCACCGUCUGCCUAAUUGUUGGAACUUGUACAUCUUUUUUUGUGUUUGACUGCCAGUACCUGACAAGAGAGAUUAGCCCAGCCAUACCUGUAGUUGCUGCUGUUCUUUUUCUUUUUGUUAUUUCCACUUUAUUUCGGACCAGUUUUAGUGAUCCAGGUGUCAUCCCUAGAGCUACUCCAGAUGAAGCUGCUGACACUGAAAAACAAAUUGAAGUCCCAAAUGGAUCAAAUUCCCCUACUUAUAGGCCUCCUCCCAGAACGAAAGAGAUUCUGAUACAGGGGCAAACAGUGAAGUUAAAAUAUUGCUUUACGUGCAAAAUAUUUCGCCCACCAAGAGCUUCACAUUGUAGUAUAUGUGAUAAUUGUGUGGAGCGUUUUGAUCAUCAUUGCCCAUGGGUAGGAAAUUGUGUAGGAAAAAGAAAUUAUCGCUUCUUCUAUUUAUUCAUUUUGUCCUUAGCUUUAUUGUGUGUGUUCAUCUUCGCAUGUGUUAUAACUCAUCUUGUUUUACUGUCAAGAAAUGGAACAUUCAUUGAUGCAGUUCGUGAAUCACCGGCCAGUGUUGUAGAGGGAAUAAUCUGCUUUUUCUCAGUUUGGUCAAUUUUAGGACUAGCUGGUUUUCACACUUACCUUGCCACAUCUAACCAGACCACAAAUGAAGAUAUAAAAGGUUCAUUCUCAACAAAACGAGGUCAAGAAGUCACAAAUCCAUAUACUACUGGAUCUUUAAUAGUAAAUUGUUGUUCAGUUAUAUGUGGGCCUAACUAUCCAAGUUUAAUUGAUACAAGAGGGAUAUGUACAGAAGAUGGUCAAUUGAAUCAGCGAUAUCAUUAUGGAACAGUAAAAGGAGCUCAAGCUAAAGGUGUUGUGUCCACUGUACCUACACCGGUGGUUGCUAAUGAGCAAAAACCUCCUCCAAACGUCCCGGGAGGUACGUAUGGCCCUAAAGGCUCAGUGCAUUCUACAAAUGGCAGCUAUCGUGGAAUGUUGCGAGAAAGUUCCUAUCAAAAUGCUGGACCUCAUGGCAGCACUAUUAGUAAAGUCCCUGUAGCUGUAGUAUCCCCACAAACACGGCAUGAAACUGAGCUUUGUGCCAAAACCGCAUCUGUUAAUCCUUCAUCAAAAGAAGACCAAGAGCCACAAGAGGCUGGAAGUCAGAUUUCGCUUCUCAAACAAAGCGCCGUCUAAAUUAAUUACAAAAAGAAUUUGUAACUCAUUGAAUUUCAUAUUUUGUUAAUGCAGGGUUGUGAUAUCCAUUUAUAUUGUCCUUACAAAUGUGAUGUGCCAGACUCCCUAUUAUAAACAACCCAUGGAAAGAAAAAAACGUUGUGCAAUAUUUAUUUUUUUAAUGACUAAAUUGGUAAUUUGGUUCGUCGUAUUUAACAUUUUAUAAUGUAAGUUUAUUUCAUUAUGCUUCGAUAGAAAUAUUAUGCUAGUGAUAGACUCGGUAGUAGAAACCCUUCAACACUGCAGCAGACGCUGCACAUUAUUUUUUAUUUAGUUUUAAAAAGCAACUAAACAAAUGGAGGGAAAUUAUUGAAAUUCUUUUUUAAAACAUCUUUAAAUUUGUUUCUGAUAGAAAUUAAAAGGCUGAAUUUAGAAAAUACAGCAAAGAACAAAAAGUAAAGAAUUUUUUUCUUUCCGUUACAUGAUUAUAGCCUUGACUGCGUAAAAAUUUAUUCCAUUUUUUUAGCAUCAUUGUAUAAAAUUCAAAAUAAAUUUACUCAUUAAGUUUUAAUUAAGGACUUUGCAAACUUUCUUACAUUAUAUUAAAUUAAUCUGAAUUUGCAUAAUAAUAACUGUCUGCCGUAAGACAAAUUGCUGACAAAUUUGGAUUCACUCCAUAAAUUCUGCUACCGGGUUGACAGUGGUAUUAUUUCUUUUUCCAAAUUAACUUUUAUUUCCUUUUGGAUUAUCAUUGUUAAAAUCAUUUGUUGCGAUUUUUAUUUUAUUCUUUAUUCAUAUAGUUAUAAUUUGUAAUUAUGUAUGAAAUAUGUAAAUUAAAAUUAUAUUAUAUAUUAGUUUUAAUUUAUUUGAUCCUUAAAAGUUUACAAAUCCCAUUGUAGACAGUUUGCCUACUUUGUAUAUAGUUAAAAAGUAUUUACACUAUUUUUGAUUAAGAGUAUUACACAUUUUGCAGUAAUGGUAUCUAUUACAUAAAAACUGUAAAUUUAAAGAACAUUUACUCAGUCUUAUAUCAGUAAACUUGCAUUAUUAAUAUGAAAUUGUCCCUCUUUGCCACUACUAACUUUUAUUAAAUAUAUAUUUGAGACAUAAAGGCAUUUAUCAGCUGUUGAUUUUUUUUUUAUAAUGUUUUUAUUUGUGCUACAUCAUUUUUCCCCUUCCUUGCAGCCAUGUGCCAUUUUGUAAUUUUUAAACUGCUGUUUGUUCAUUCCAGGUAUUUAAUUGCAUUUUUUUUUCAACAACAAAAAAAUUGACGAUUUUAUUUGAGAUGCUUGUUUACUUUGUACAUAGAAUUUUAUAUAAAAUAUUGUAAAAUUGAAUAAGUAAAUUGCUCCUGACGUUUAUAAUUGUUAGUUAAGGUCAACUGAGUCAAAUGCAUGAACUGUGCUUUCUCUCUAUAGUGUGUUAUAUUUUUAAAAAUUUCUUUUUAUAUACUUUACUUCUGAUGUAAUUUUUUAAAUAUUAUUGAAAACAUUUACUGUGUACCAAUAUUGUAUUUUAAAAUUAAAGUAUAUAAUUAUGAUUUCUCAAUUUUGUCAAAUUUAUUUUUUUAAAUGCUUAUUUUUCGUAUGAAUAAAAUUAUUGCUUAAU